UUACGCCCGCAUUUUUCUUUAAAUUAUUCUGCCUCGGACGUUCAACGAAGCAUGAUCCCGUAAAACAUUACGUAAGUAGAAACGAAACGAGGAAUUUUGAAAUGAAUAUAAAAUGCAUUUAUUAUAAAAUUUAAUGAAAAAUACGGAUUGUCAGACUUGUUUUAAUCCCCUUUCUCCCAGUGUGGAUGUCAUUUAUUGACAGUCCCUCAAGUUACGAGUAGAAUAUACUGUAUUUAAAUACAUUUACGGCAGUUAUACUUUUCGAUCGUUCUACUUGAGCACAUUUGUAAAGAAAACGAUUAAAAUACUCGAAUCACUAGUGACAAACGUGAAUAAUCUUUGUUUAAAUGUAAUGUUAAAUAAUUACGGUAAGUAGUAUGAAAUUUUGCGUAAAAAUCGCAUGAACACUGUUCUUAUUCCAUGCGUAGAUCUAAGCUAAUCUGCGUGCUUUUUUUCGUAAAAAUCGUUUUUAAUGUUAAUAAUACACUACAUUUUAUAAAGAAACAGCUUGCAGUAGUGUAUUCAGCGAGUACUACGUUCGCACUAUAGAGGGCGAAUGUAGUUUUCCUCGACGCCCGCUCCGCUGCUAUAUAAAGCUUGUCAAUGGCAGCUGUUUCAAUUUACAGUUGAUUUCCUCGGUCUGAGAUGGCUGAUACUGCGGAAGUAAGCGAAUCCCCUAAAGUAACCAAGCCUCCUGCAAAACCCAAGAACUUAAAAUCGCAUGGAAAACAAACAAAAAUUAAAUCUGCACCAUCACACCCUAAGAUAUCUGUCAUGGUAGAGAUUGCAAUUAGUAAUCUGAAAGAGAGACAUGGAUCAUCUCUUCCAGCUAUCAAAAAAUAUAUUGCUGCCAAUUUCAAAGUUGACAUGAUCCGUUUGACUCCUUUUAUCAAAAAAUAUUUGAAAACUUCUGUAGCUAAUGGUUCUUUAGUACAAACAAAAGGCAAAGGUGCAUCAGGUUCUUUCAAGUUGAAAAUGGACAAAUCUGGGAACUCUAAAACUGAUAAGAGUGCUAAAAAAGAUUCAGUUAAGAAAACUGUAACUUCAAAAGUUACCAAAGCUAAAAAAGUGGUUGAAACUAAGAAAAGGAAGUCUAAAACUGUCAAUAAAGAAAAGAACAACAAGACUGUAAAACCUCCAAAGAAACCUAAAAGUAAAUCUAUUGCUAAGCCAAAGAAAAAUACAAAAACUUCAACAAAAAAGACUCCCAUCAAGAAGAUAAAAAAAUAAUUUGUUUGGUAAAACUGACAAACGGCUCUUUUCAGAGCCAAAAUUUUUGGUAAAGACAAGUCAAAUUGUAUUUUACCACUAAUAUAUAUAGAUUGACUGACAUACUUUUUAUCAUUUUUUACAUUCUUCAAUCUGUUAAUCUUUUGUAAGAGCUUUAGACAUGCACAAAAUUUUUGUUGCUUUUUGAGUAUAUGCCUUCAAACAUAACUUUUAGGAAUACA